AUGACAUCGAUGUGCAUCCCCGUCGAUGCUUCCAAGCCUCUGCACUUUUCAGGGCAGACGUUAAUUCUUCCUACUACUAGCAUUGGAUCUGUCCCACAAUUGUGCUUGGAUCUUCUCAUCCAUGCACCAUCUUUGCAGUGCAAACGCGUUGCUUACUUGGACGCCACGGAGUGUGUACCAUUUGUCGCUCCCAGUGAAGUAGGUGCGGCGAAUGACAUUUAUUCUGCGCUAGAUGUCUUUCAAGCCAGUGGUGGCAUUACAAUUGUGCAACAGAGAAGUCCCGUGAUCAAAGCAUUCCGAGCGUCGUUUGUCCAACGUCUGAUGCAAUGGAUCGAAAGUGCCGGGUUUUCUGAGAUUCUGAUUCUCUCCAGCAUGGAUGCAGCGAUGCGUGUAGAUCAUGAAUUCGCUACGCCAUUUGUUUAUGCCCGUCCCAUGCAAGCGACGGAAGGGCCAGUCGCUUCUGCUAUUACGUCUCAGUAUCCGCCCUUUCAGCCUUCGUUGCAAGGUUCUAACGUCGUAUCUAUGCCAGGUAGUGGAUUGGCACGAGUGUACUUGGAGCAUGCGCCGCCAAAUACCACAGCGUUGUUCUUGUUCUGUGCUGAAGGCGAUAAUCGUUCAGACGCACAUGCCAUGGCGAAACGUGUCACGGCUCUCCUGCAUAAAGAGACGGGUAUGUGA